CCUGUGUAAUGUGCAUUGAAAGGGAGGAGCCAAUACACCUGUGCAAGACAGGAGAGGAGGAGCCAAUACAACUGUGCAAAACAGAAGAGGAGGAGCCGCUACACCUGUGCAAGACUGAAGGGGAGGAGCCGGUACAACUGUGCAAGACUGAAGGGGAGGAGAUGAUACACCUGUGCAAGACUAAAGGGGAGGAGCCGAUACAACUGUGCAAGACUGAAGGGAGGAGCCAGUACACUUGUGCAAGACUGAAGGGGAGGAGACUGAUACACCUGCACAAGACUGAAGGGGAGGAGACGAUACAACUGUGCAAGACUGAAGGGGAGGAGCCAAUACACUUGUGCAAGACUGAAGGGGAGGAGCUGGUAUACACUGUGCAAGACUGAAGGGGAGGAUCCGGUAGACCUGUGCAAGACUGAAGGGGAGGAGCCAGUACACCUGUGCAAGAAUGGAGGGGAGGAGCCGGUACACCUGCAAAAGACU